UGCUCUGGGGGGGGGGGUGAGAGCAGGGGGUGAUGAGGACAAUCUCCCCCUGUUGAGGGGGCUGGGGCAGGGCAGGGGGCACCAGCAACCUCCCCUGGAGCCCACCCCGGAGCUGGCCGCAUCUAGAGCCCCCUACCCCCAGAGGCAGCCGCAGCCCAGUGCCGGUGAGGGGCUCCACUGCGCUCUGGGAGGCAGCAACGUGGAGGAAGAGCCGGGAAAGGAGCAGAGCGGGGCCUGGCGGGGGCGGGAGGGAGGCUGGGAUCUCCCUGUUGUGGGGCGUGGGGAGGGGGCGGCAGCCCCCCUUACCUCUCCUGUGCUGCAGUAGGGACCCAGGCAGCGCAGGACGGAGGCGCCCGGGCAGGACGGGGACAUGGAGAUGGUGCAGGUGGGCACCCAGUGCCCGAGUGGCACCAACUCCCCUGAGGCCCCAGCCCCCAGCAGCAGCAGGACCAGCCCGCAGAAGAUCCAUCCCUGCCUCCGUUCAAAAGCACUUUGGAUGUGCGCUGGCUGCAUCGUAGGGCUGGGGAUCCUGGUGCCAUGUCUGGUAGUGGGGCUGCGUGAGACACGAGAGACACCGCAGCUGAACAGCACCGUGGUGCCUUCCUCCAGUGCCCGCUCCCACUCCUACCGGCAUUUCUACACCGGGGUGUCGGACCCCAGCCCGGACGUGCCCGACUUCACUGCCGUGAGCUACGUGGACGACCAGCAAAUUCUCCACUACGACAGCGAGAGGCAGAGAGAGGAGCCGUGCGGGGACUGGGUGCAGGGGGCCGUCGACCCACACUUCUGGGACAGAGAAACCAGGAGCUUGCAGCAGUGGCAGAACAGAUUUAAACAGAACCUGGUCACCAUGAAGCAUCGGUACAACCAGACCAGGGGCAGCUCGUCCCUGCACUCGCCCAGGGCAGGGCCAGGGGCAGUGGCGAUGGGUCAGUUGUUGGCCAGGGACUCAGGGGCUGCGGAGGGAGCCGUUUCCCUCUCCCAUGUGCACCAUGUAAGCGGCAUCCCGGGGGAGGAGUGA